AUGCAGAAUGAACACCGAAACAAAGGAGCUCUCGGCGGAGGGCAGAGCUUUGAAGAAUCCAAGAAAGACGGAAAGAGUACUUAUUUGAUGGCCCCAUCGAGGUUGGCCCUUCAGUUCUUUCACGAUGGCGACAAUGUCUUUGACGACAUCGAGAAUAUCCUUGACGAGAGUCAAGAACUCCAGGAUCUUAGUGAGGACAGAGACGGAGCCGCCGAAGAGGCCGGGCAUGGCUCCAAAAGCAAAUUUGAGCAUUCUGAGCAUGCUGGUGAUGGUGGUGGUGGUACUUGUGUUGCAGGAGCAGCGGCAGCAGCAAGUGAGGAGAAUCUCGAUGGUUGGAAGUGAUUUAUAAGAAGAAAGGAAGCGGGGGAGUUGGAGGAGGAUGGGAGAUAUUUAUUCCCUAACUUGGGGAUGUAAACCAUGCAACCCAUACGAACGACGCAAAAACAAUGCAAUAUAUGGAAUCCCACGGAAUCGAGGACGCUCGCUAUAGGAAUCGAUGAUGUAUUGGGAAAUUGACGACGCCAUGGGAGAUGCUGAUGCAACGAGGAAUGUGAUAUGAUACUAA